GCGCCCAUGAAGUAAAGUUUUGUAGAAUGUUCUUGUGCUGAAUUAUGUUGUUUUAGUUGGUUUAAAAGCUGAAUUCAAUUGAAAUAUGAGUAGGAAAGUGUUUGAAAUAACUAAAACAUUCAGAACAAAGUUUGAAGCGACGAGUGACGAAGUUUUACGAUGGUUUCCAGGUCAUAUGUUUAAAAGUAUGGAGAGAAUUCAGGCUGUUCUGAAGGAUAUAGAUUGUGUAAUAGAAGUUCAUGACGCGAAGAUUCCAUUUUCUGGACGAAACCCGAGAUUCAGGGACUUCAUUAACUUACGACCACAUAUUCUACUCUUGAAUAAAUACGAUUUAGCGGAUAUAAAUGUACGUCGAAAGGAACUCAUCGAAAAUAAACUAAAAACACAGGGCGUGGAUACAAUAUUUUACACUGAUCUUCGUACCUAUGAAAAGAGUCCAAUUUUAAAAGACCACAUUCUACCAACGGCUAUAGAACUGACGAAUUCCCGGCCGAGAUAUCAAAGACAGGGGAAUCCAGAGUAUAAUAUUUUAGUCAUCGGAGUGCCCAAUGUUGGAAAAUCAACGUUUAUCAACGCUAUAAGAUGGUCUCACAUCAAAACUAAAGGCAGAGCAACUCAGGUCGGAGCUGUGGCCGGAAUAACCAGAUCAUUACUUAACAAAAUAAUGGUACAUAAUAACCCUGUGACGUAUGUUUUCGACACCCCAGGGAUCCUAACGCCAUCUAUACCCAAUGUUGACGCUGGAAUGAAACUAGCUAUCUGUCGCUGUAUCCCGGAUAAAAUCGUGGGACCAGAAAAUAUGUCGGAUUAUCUACUCUUUUGGUUGAAUUCUCAUCAACGUUUUGAUUAUGUUGAUUUCUACGGACUGAAAGAACCAAUUGAUAAUGUUUACGACUUUCUAGCAGAAAUCGCUAUCAUAAACAAUAAAAUUAACAAAAGCAGAAAUCAGGAAACUUCCAACGAACACAUUAUGGUGCCAAAUUUCGAGUGGGCUGCUAAUAAAUUCUUGAAAGAUUUUAGAAACGGUCGACUUGGACAGUAUUUCUUGGAUGAUAACGAGUUAAUGGUGAAACAAACUGAGGAGAUUAGUAAAAACUAAAGACUGGAGCAGGCCAGGAUAAGAAAAUGUCACUUGCAUUUAGAUGAUAAAGAGUUAAUGGUGAAACAAACUGAGGAGAUUAGUAAAAACUAAAGACUGGAGCAGGCCAGGAUAAGAAAAUGUCACUUGCAUUUAGAUGAUAAAGAGUUAAUGGUGAAACAAACUGAGGAGAUGUCCAUUGUAUCGUUUGUGUUGAAUAUUCAAGUGAAUUCAAACAUUUACUUUUCAGUUAUUUUGUCGAUUCGCUGAAAAAAAUGACAUAGUGCUAUUACCUCUUAAAAUAUAAUAAAAGUUAAAAUUUCA